AAAGAUCAGGGUUGGGUUGACCUGCAGGCUGGAUACAGAGUGUAUAAAACAGAGGCAAGGCACAGGCUGAUAGCAGAGCAAUCACCACCAAGUCUGAAAUAACUGCAAGGGCACAGCCGAAGGCUUCCUGAGUGAGGAUGGAGGAGGGAAUGAAUGCUCUGCAUGACUUUGGGAUCCAGUCAACGCGCUACCUCCAGGUGAAUUACCAGAACUCCCAGGAUUGGUUCAUCUUGGUGUCCGUGAUUGCAGACCUCAGGAAUGCCUUUUACGUCCUCUUCCCCAUCUGGUUCCAUCUUCGAGAAGCUGUGGGCAUCAAACUCCUCUGGGUAGCUGUGAUUGGAGACUGGCUCAACCUCGUCUUUAAGUGGAUUCUCUUUGGACAGCGCCCAUACUGGUGGGUCCUGGACACCAACUACUACAGCAACACCUCCGUGCCGCUGAUAAAGCAGUUCCCGGUCACCUGUGAGACCGGCCCAGGGAGUCCCUCUGGCCAUGCCAUGGGUACGGCAGGUGUAUACUAUGUGAUGGUCACAUCCACCCUCUCUAUCUUUCGGGGAAAGAAAAAGCCAACCUACGGAUUUCGGUGCUUGAACAUCAUUUUGUGGUUGGGAUUCUGGGCAGUGCAGCUGAACGUCUGUCUUUCACGAAUCUACCUUGCUGCUCAUUUUCCCCAUCAAGUUGUUGCUGGAGUCUUGUCAGGCAUUGCGGUUGCUGAGACUUUCCGCCACAUCCGGAGCAUCUACAACGCCAGUCUCAAGAAAUAUUUUCUCAUUACCUUCUUCCUGUUCAGUUUUGCCAUUGGAUUUUACCUGCUGCUAAAGGGGCUGGGGGUCGACCUCCUGUGGACCCUAGAGAAAGCCAAGCGAAGGUGUGAGCGGCCAGAAUGGGUCCACAUUGACACUACGCCCUUUGCCAGCCUCCUCAAGAACCUGGGGACACUCUUUGGCCUGGGUCUGGCUCUCAACUCCAGCAUGUACAGGGAGAGCUGCAAAGGCAAGCUUAGCAAAUGGUUCCCGUUCCGCCUCAGCUGCAUUGUGGUCUCCCUCGUCCUCCUGCAUCUCUUUGACUCUUUGAAACCCCCAUCCCAAAUCGAGCUGAUCUUCUAUGUCCUGUCCUUCUGCAAGAGUGCGGCAGUGCCCCUGGCGUCUGUCAGUCUCAUCCCCUACUGCCUGGCCCAGGUCCUGGGCCAGCCGAACAAGAAGACUUUGUAAGGGGAUGUGGAGUCUUCAGAAUUUACAAGUCGAUGACUGCACCAAGGAUUGAAGGUGGCUAGGGCCUUCUGCCAGCCCAUUGUGAGGCCAGAGGUACUAUAGAGUCAGCUCAGGCGACACCCCCUUCCCCCUUUGCAAUUCUAAUUGCAUUGGGUGAUGUUUUUUUGAAAAGCUAACAAGGCUAUUUGAGAAAGCCUUAUUGGAGGUUGGGUCGUUCUGGAUUUUUUUCCACAAAGAUAUACUUACUCUUUUGUCCAAUAUACAAAAGCAAGACUUCUUGGGAGGGCCAGCUCAUAACGCCAGGCUGGGGAUCACACUGAAUUUUCCACUCAUGCUCAUCCUUACCCAGAAAAGGAGAAAGGAGCAGUGGAUUUGAUAGGGAAAGAAGGAUUGAUUAAGGAGGAUUUUUAAAUAUCUUGCAUAUCACGCAAAUUGUAUGUCAAACAAUAUCUUAAUGGCUUUGAUUAUAUACGAAUCUUUAGGUAAAGGGUUGUCAACGGUGGGGGACCAACUUAAAGUACAAUGAAUAGGUCCUUAGUGGAGUAAUUCUGCUUCUUGUAUUUUUCUAUUAUAUAUCCAUGGUCAUUGUAUUUACUGGGAUUUCUGAAUGGCUGCAGUGAUCUGGAUAUUGUACUAUGUCAGAAUAUUCAGGCAAAGUCAGCUUGUCCUCCAUAACAUUCGAUCUUUCUCCUUAUUAGCCCAGCUCUGCUUUCCCCAGAAUUUUCCACUGAUUCCACACCCACCCUGCUGGAUCCUCAGAUGCCUAAAAGUGACUCUAUAGUGGUGCUUUUGUAUGUUUCAGUUAAGCUCUGAAAUCUUGGGCAAAAUGGCAAGGAGAGGGCCAGGAUUUCUCUCUCCAGAAGGUCACUCCAAUGUUACUUUUAAUUCCUGGAGGUAAAUAUGACUCCUUUCUCUAUCCCAAGCCAAUCAAGAGUGCAUCAUUGGAGGAAAAGCCAACUCCUCCUCUUUGCCUAUUCUCUAGUCUCAACUGAUUUGCAGAAUAUGUCCUUUAAAAAAAAUGUUGCAACCUAUUUAUUUGAAAGUCCUUGUUUUUUCUACUAAUUAUAUAGCUUACCAUAUAGUAUCGUUCACACCAACCAUCCUGGUCAUAACAUCUUUGCAAAGAGAAAUAUAUACGUGCAGUAUUUUAUUAAAACAUUUUACUUAAGAAUGAAGUCUUGUUGAUUACUAUAUUUUAGAGGCAAUGUGUUCUGAAGGUUCUAAUUCUGGCUUAGCUAAAUUUCUAGCUCUUUCUCUAUUUCCCUAAACAGAUAAUUUGGUUUCUAUAUACUUAUGUUUUCUUUUUGCAAAAGGAAGGUGUUUUGUCUUUGGUUGCCCAGGAGUCCCAGUAGGGCUGCGGAGACUUAUAAAGUGUCUACAGGGGCACAGGUAGAGUCGAGCAUAUCAACAUAGUCACAAUAUCGUAUUCUAGUUGGCCAAGGCUGAACAAUAUUUACCAGACCACAGUGCAGCAUGAGUUGCUCUAUGAAAUCAAACUGUUACCGAGUCCAAGCUCUCUCUGCUUGCUGCACGACAGACCAAUAAAUCGGGAGACGAGGUGCUGAGGCAAGGAAUACAAGUUUAUUUGGAAAGCUGGCAGACAGAGAAGAUGGCAGACUAAUGUCUCCAAAAAAACCAUCUUAUCAGGGUUUGGAUGCCAGUUUCUUUUAUAGAACAGAGGAGGAGGAGAUGAGGAAGUAAAGUAAAAAGGCCAUAAGGUUUGCGAAUGUCCCUUGGAAUGGCCAGCCUUGGGGAGGGGACAUGUUAAUUUCUUCUUUCUUGCUGCCAUCCACAGGUGGACAGGAUCAGGAUGUUUCCCUGAACAAAGGCACUUUGGUUUAACAUUCAAGCAGAGGGGACACGGUUCCCUAAGGCAGGCCACUGUGCAUAGACAGUAACCUUUUAAUGAACAAAAGCAACCGGAAACAAAGGUUAAAAUAAAAGAAACAGAUCCAACAUGGAGUCAGGAUUGGCUCUCUCCUGUUACAAAACUGCAACUUGAGGGCAGACAGGCAAGAUCAUUACCAAACUAAGCAAUCAGGGAAUGUAAGUCAUAGCAGCAGAACAAGACUGAGCAGGGAAUUCCCUGGAGGUCCAGUGGUUAGGACUCUGCACUUGCACUUCAAGGGGCACAGGUUCAAUCCCUGGUCCUGGCCAAAAAAAAAACUGAGCAGACUGUGGAAUCCAGUAACCCAGUGUCAGCAAGGUUUUGGGUUAUAGUUAAAGAAAAUCUGAACAGGGCAAGUGAUAGCACCGAGGGCUGCUCAAGGGAGCUACUGAAAGUAUUUCUGCAGGAUUUAUUUCAUCCUGGGUGCAGGGUCCCACCUCCAGAAUCCUUGACUCAUCGGCAUAUCUCUGGAUCUACUGAGAGUGAGUCUGAUCAUUCGCUUCAGAACUUUGGGAUGUGAAUCUUUAGGGAAAGUUGAGUCCUCCUACGGAAUUUUAUUUCUUCCGGGGUGGUACCAGGCCCCUCCGAGACACUAAUGGUCUCACCAAGAAUGAAGGGAAAUGGUCUUGUUCUGUCUGAAUUGAACCCCACUGCUUGGGCAUGGCCUCCAUCCUGGAUGAUUUAUUUGCCCUCAGGGACCAAGUCCAGGUUCCUUGCAAUAGGAUUCUGGCAGAAAGUAAAUAAUGUCCCUGCCCCCAAGCAGUUGGUGAGGUUAAUAAAGACACAUAAUAAAAGAUGAAAUUUGUGCUUAAUAUA